CUCCAUCCUCAAAUCAAAAACAAGUGGAAAAUGGAAAAUACAUCCAUCAGUCAUCUUAGACCAAGUUGUGUCACAUCUCCUGCCCUGUGGAAACACCACAACAUGCAGACAUGAUUGUGUACAAAGUCUCCCACCAUCUCACUGUAAUUGUAACCAGAUCAACACAAGGCUCCAUUCUACAGUUGUUGUGGCUUGUUGUUUUGACUGCAGCUCUUUACCUCUCAGUUUCCUAACUCAUAAUUAUCUCACUUGACUUAUUCCAGCCCUGUGCAUGUAAACACAGGCACAGCAUGGUCCGAUCUUUCCCAACACAAUGCUUAGAAACAGUUUUUAUUUGUCAUGCUCAAGCAUCAGCAGGUUCCCAGCGUGUGUUCAGAGUGUAAAAAAAAAAAACAAACUGAGGAAGCUGCUCUGUAAAACAGCCAACUGACAGGAAGGAAGGAACCACUACACUGCGACGCGACACAAACUUUUUGUCUUCGAUUCCUCUUCAAAAGCAACACCUUUCGUUCUCAGGGCUCUAUGGAAAUAUUCACUACAUGCUGGCAAAAAGGGGGAACUAGAGCUUAGCAGCACCCCCCUCCUCUUCUGCAGUGCACAAUAUCCUCUUUUGGACCCAACCAGCCCCUGUUUUUAUGUCAUCUCUUUGGCUUUAGUGUGGCACGCACACAGUGAGGAUGAUUGCCCCGGCAGAUGGGGCUCAGUGUGAGGACUAGAAGCUGAAGCUAAGACAAGGCGGAGAGGGACAGACUCGUCCAUCAUGGGAUGCUGCAGUGUGACCCAGAGGCAUACUGGAGUGGACGAGGUGGGCCCUGAUGAGAUCGAGCUCCUUGAACUCUCUGGGGACAAUUUAGGGGUGUGGACUCUGGGAGAAACCAGACUACAGCUGUCAGUGAGAAACAGCAGAGAUGAGCAGGAGCCACAACCACCGCCACCACCGCCACCACCACGCUACCCCUCAGUACGACACGUUGAACAAGAGGUCACUAACACAGUGGUGCUGUGGGGCAGGAGCAGAGAGGAGCUGCAGCACAGGAUUUACUCCCAGCAGCCAAUCAGGGGCUGGCAGGGCAAACAUGCCCACACGUAUGGAGAGAUCAUCCACUCCUCCCUGGUGUCUCUGUACAACAGCUACACUAAGGAAACCAGUGAAUACUUCCUGGUGUUAUUCUCGUUCCACCUGCUGCUUCUCUCGCUGGACCACUCUCAACAAGACUUAAAUUAUGAGGGCAUCCUUCCCCUUUCUGGACUUUCCUUCCAACCCGUCUCUCUGGCCCCCGACAUGUCACAUUCACCACACAUGUUUGAGAUCAGCAGCCAGAUGACGGACUCCAGGAUCUUCAUAUGUCCCAGUGCUGCGGAGUUACAGAAAUGGAUGCAGUACCUAGACGACAGAACAUACAAGUCAAAGACACAACCCAUGAGUCCCACCCACUGCCCUCUCUCCUAUCUAUUACCCUGUGAUGAACACUGGAAAAGAGAAGAACUGAAAAAGUACGUGAUGCAAGCUCCAUUGUGGAAGUGGCAGGGCUCACCCAUACAGCACAUGGGCCAGCCAGAAUACAUAUCUGUCGUCUACAUCAUCGACACUCAGAGAAAGGAACUCCAAGAAAGACUGAUGGUUCUCUUCCCUCAAGACGUCCUGCUGCUGUCGGUUGACAACAAGCGACUGAGUAUAAGUUAUGAGGGCAGACUGGCCCGACAAAGCAUCAGAGCUGUGGAGAGGUCAACAUUUCCUGGAUGCCUUGAGUUUGAGCUGAUAGGUGAGCUGGUGGAGCCCCUGCAGGUCUCUUGUACCAGCCUGGAGGAUUAUCAGACCUGGAUCUUUCAAUUACAACAGCCAGACAGAAGCGGCAACGUUACUGUGAGUCACGCUGCACCUCCAAUCAUGCCGAAGCUGCAGAGGAACCGGAAGGAGUCCCGGGAACCGAUGAUAACAGUUGACCAGUAUCACAUCAAUGGACACAGCUGACUCAUCAAUGUGGAAAAGUUGGAAAUUUCUCCACAAUUACAAAUCUAAAACAAAGUGUGUAGAUAGUACAGCAUGUACAUACUUAUAUGUGUGCCACAAAAUGGAGAUACAGCAGUGAGGAGGUUCUGAGAACCUCUCACCCUAAUUUUGAUAUAUUUGGGUGAUUUCGUCAUGGAGGGAUUGAAGAGAUACUUAUAGUUCUUGUUCAUGUGGGGACAAACCGAAACAGGGCCAUGACCCAGAAUAAGAUCAGACCACAGCUGAGUAAAUGUUAGAUGCAAUGACUGUUGAGCUGUAAACUAGAAAUGAAGAAUCUGUACAUAUUUAGCUUUGAUGUCUUUACCAUAAAAUACAUAAUGGUUUACUUUUUGACAAUAAACUAUUUAAAAAGU